AUGGCUGAGCCCAACAACUACCAGAAACAUAGUUUAUCACCAUUCAUCAUCUUAAUUUUUACAGUAAUAGCCACUGAGUGCAUCACUGGUAUUGUUGCCAGUGGGCUCAUCACAGUGGUAAACAUGGCCACAUGGGUCCAGAAAAAGGCAGUUUCCAUAAACAACAGGAUCCUGUUUCUCCUCAGUGUAUCCAGAAUAAGCCUCCAAAGUUUUGUCGUGGUAGAAAUUAUCUUGUUCCCCAUGUCCCAAGAUCCUUUUUACAACACUGUUUUACGUAGUAUAGUCAAAGUAAAUUCCAUAUUCUUGAAUUACUGUGACCUCUGGUUUGCUGCCUUGCUGAGCUUUUUCUACUUUGUGAAGAUCGCCAAUUUCUUAAUUUUCCGCACGCUGAAAUGGCGAAUUUCUGGAUUAAUGCCCUGGCUUCUGUGGUUCUGGGUGUUUAUUUCCUUCAGCUCCAGCAUGCUCUUCUUCAAGGACACCUACACCGUGUAUAGUAACAGUUCUUUAACUAUCAACAACGUCAACUUCAAGUGGAAAUAUGUCAUGGAAACCAAUGUGGUCAGUGUGGCUUUUUUAUUCAGCUUGGGAAUCCUCCCUCUUCUGAUCAUGGACAUCGCAGCCACCACCUUGCUGAUUUUCUCUCUCAGAAGACACAGUCUGCACAUGAGAAACAGUGCCACAGGCUCCAGAGACCCCAGCAUGGAGGCUCACCUGCGGGCCAUCAAAGAAAGUGUCUGCUUUCUCAUCCCCUACACAAUCAAUGCAGCCGCUCUGAUUCUGUUCAUUUCCAACACUUUAAAUUCCAGUCUUUUCUGGAGUGCUUUGCUUAGAAUUGUCUCAUCUGCCUAUCCAACCGGCCACUCCAUUGUACUGAUUCAGAACAACCCUGGGUUACGAAGAUCAUGGAAGCAGCUUCUGUCUCAAAUCCAUGUGUGCUCAGAGCAUUGA